UGACCUUUAAAUCACGUGACAAAGCCUUUCCCCUCAAAACUUGCACGUUGCUCGCAAUGGCUGCUACACAACCGCCUCAGAAUUUGAUGCGAGGAAUCGUCAAACAGGUUCUGUCUGGCGAUGCUGUUAUCAUACGAGGCCAACCAAAAGGAGGGCCUCCUCCAGAAAGACAAAUAUGCUUGUCCAAUGUGACUGCCCCCAAGUUGGCAAGAAAAGCCAAUCCAAACAUUGAGAACUCAGUGGAAACCAAAGAUGAGCCUUAUGCAUGGGAGGCCCGUGAAUAUCUGCGGAAGAAACUCGUUGGAAAAGAGGUCAAUUUUACUGUUGAGUACACUGCACCGGGGAGUGGACGCGCAUAUGGCUGCAUUUAUCUGCCUUCAGGGAAAGACCAAGUUUCUGAGAAUGUGACCGAGUCCAUUGUUGCAGAGGGUUUAGUAGAAGUCAGGCGGGGUGGCAUCAAACCAAGCGAUGAUCAGAACCAGCUGAACCUUUUGGAGGAUACAGCUAAAGCAGCCAAGAAGGGCAAAUGGGCGGGUAGCUCCUCAGGUGCUGGGGUGCGGGAUGUCAAGUGGGUAAUUGAAAACCCCAGGAAUUUCGUUGACAGUCUUCAUGGAAAGGAACAAGACGCUGUGAUUGAACAUGUGCGUGAUGGCUGCACCGUCCGUGCUUUUCUGAUUCCAUCAUUCCAUCAUGUCACAGUCAUGCUGUCAGGAGUAAAGUGCCCAAUGUUCCGCAGAGAUGGAGACUCCGAAGUUGCUGAGCCUUUUGCCAGUGAGGCCAAAUACUUCACUGAAUCUCGUCUACUUCAGCGUGAUGUCAAGAUCAUCCUGGAGGGAGUGUCUAACCAGAAUUACCUUGGCUCUGUCAUACACCCAAAAGGAAACAUUGCUGAAUUUCUCCUGGCUGAGGGUCUGGCUCGCUGUGUGGAUUGGAGCAUUGCUACUGUAACACAUGGAGCUGAAAAUCUACGGGCUGCAGAAAAGAAAGCCAAGGAAAAACAGCUUCGUAUUUGGAAGGACUACAAAUCCAACGCUGUGCCAAUAAAUGCGGAGGAGAAGACUUACACUGGAAAGGUUGUAGAGGUUAUCAAUGCUGAUGCGCUGCUCUUGAAAACUACUUCUGGGGAGUAUCGCAAGGUGACUCUGUCCAGUAUUCGACCACCAAGACUGACACAACAGGCAAAAGAUAGCAAGGAGAAUGGAAAAGACGAUGAACCGGCCAAGCCUGAGAGACGAGUGCGCCCUCUAUAUGAUGUGCCCUACAUGUUUGAAGCUCGAGAGUUCUUGCGUAAGAAGCUGAUAGGCAAAAAAGUCAACGUUUCUGUGGAUUACAUCAAGCCUGCCAAUGAAGGAUAUCCAGAGAAGACAUGUGUGACGGUCACUAUUGGCGGAAUCAAUGUAGCUGAAGCCCUUGUAAGUAAGGGGCUUUGUAGUGUGAUUCGUUAUCGUCAGGAUGAUGACCAACGAUCAGCGCACUAUGAUGCCCUCCUGACUGCUGAGACACGGGCAAUCAAGAAUAGUAAAGGCAUCCACAGUAAGAAGGAGUAUCCCAUCCACAGAAUCGCAGACACAUCAGGGGAGCCACAGAAGGCCAAGCAAUUCCUUCCGUUCCUGCAACGUGCUGGACGCAGCAACGCUAUUGUGGAAUUUGUGGCCAGUGGAUCUCGAGUCCGUCUGUUCCUUCCUAAAGAAACCUGUCUGAUUACAUUCCUCUUAGCUGGGAUAACAUGUCCCAAGAUGGCUCGGACUGGACCCGGUGGGCCAACUGAAUCAGAACCAUACUCUGAAGAAGCUUUGCAGUAUACCAAAGAAUUGGUUCUACAGAGAGAGGUUGAAGUGGAAGUUGAGUCCAUCGACAAAGCUGGCAAUUUUAUUGGCUGGCUGUUUGUGGAGGGUGUCAAUCUCUCUGUUGCUCUCGUUGAACAAGGCCUGUCCAAGAUGCAUUUUACUGCUGAACGAAGCAGCUAUGCACGUGCCAUUCAAGCGGCUGAAGAGAAGGCUAAGGAAGCUAAACUCAAGGUUUGGGAGAAGUUUGAAGAGCCGAAGACACUGGUAGUUGUUGAGGAGACUGCAGAACGCAAGACGAACUAUAAACUCAUUGUGGUGACUGAGACUGGCAAUGAACUGGAUUUCUAUGCCCAACUUGUUGAGUCAGGCAAGCAGUUUGAGAAGUUUAUGGAGCAACUACGCGCUGAGAUUGCAGCAGCACCUCCCCUCCCGGGGGCUUUCACUCCUAAGAAAGGAGACGUCUGCGUUGCCAAGUUUGUUGACGGAGAGUGGUACAGAGCCAGAGUACAAAAAGUGUACAACAAGGACAAGAUCUUGGUGUUUUUCUUGGAUUAUGGAAAUUCGGAUGUUGUAACAGCUGCUAAUAUCGGUGCCAUGCCGCCAGGCUACCACACACAGCAGCCACAAGCACAUCACUUCUACUUGGCUUGUGUUAUGCUUCCUAAAGAUGAGGAGUUCAAACAGGAUGCACUCGAGGCAGUCAAACGCAAUAUCCUCAACAACACAUUUCUGUGUAACACUGAGUACCGUGUGGGGACCACAGAGUAUGUCACUCUACUCACUCCUGAACCUGAGGAUGACGUUGGCAAGGCAUUAGUCAGCGAGGGUUUCUUGUUGGCUGAGCAACGUCGUGAGAAACGUCUGCAGAAGAUGGUGGCCGAGUAUGCACAAGCCCAGCAGAGUGCUCUCAAGGCUCAUCUGAACCUGUGGCGUUAUGGGGAUAUCACUGAAGACGAUGCCAGGGAGUUUGGCUACCAAGCCUAAACCAUCUGGGUUUACUCUCCCUUAAAACCGGAUCAUUGGUUACUGGUAAUCUAGCAACAACUUGGAUUUAAGAUAAGAAAUUUUAAAGAACUAAAUAUUUCAUUGCCUGCUGAAUUUCCAUAUUCUGCAAAAUGAAAUUCUGAUGUAUUAAAUGAUUUCUUUUGUGUUUACUGAAAACCAUUUUGUUCAUGGAAUAAAGCUCAACUUUACGGUGAAGGGAUUAAUAUGGAAAUGUAGGGGAUUUGAUUUUUAAUGUAGUAUUAGAGUGUAAAUAGGACAGAAAUCAUGUCUUCAUUAUUAAAAGAAAUAAUUGUUCAACUUUUGUUGUUCGGUAGUAAAUUUAAAUUUACUUGACAUGCAAUGUUUAAGGUUGUCAAAGUUCCUUAUUCUACCAUCCAUGAAAGUAUCAAGUAAAAGAUGACUGUCUUGAAGGACAUUGUUUAACUUUGUAACUUCUCAUGACAACUCUCAUUCCAGUAUUUUUUUUUUCAUCAUUGUUAGUCUGGAUAAGUCUGGUGUCAGGCUGAAGAAUUUCCUUUCUAGAUCUUCUCCUAGAUUGUUGUAUUAAGGAGCAAUAAUUGACAAGGUAUUGUUUGGGUAAUUAUAUCUAUUGUAUUAACUGCAGAAUGUAGUAAAGGUAAAUGAUUUAUAGAGUUCAUUAUAUUUUCAUGAGUUUUUAAAGUAUUCAAAUCAAUAAGAAUUAGUUUUCCUUUUAAAAGGAGUAAUAGCUAUAGGUAAAUUGUUUUUUGGACUUAAUUUUCAAGUUUCUUAUUGCCACAUUAAGAUAGAUGGAAUGUCUUCCAAAAUAGAAAAAUACAGCCUUUAAGUACAAAAAAAGCUGUAAUACUUCGGUCAGCAUUAACGAUUCUGUGAAUUAAGUUGAUACUCAGAUUAAUUUAAUUGAGAUCAACAUGAUUUCAUGACUCACACAGUUGCCAUGAAGUUGGAAUGAAAAGCUUCCCUUUUUUUUCUUUUCUUGAAAUAAUUAUGAACUAAUGAAAAUAAAUUUCAAAAGAGUAGGAUUUUCCAAGUUGUUGCCAUGAUUACCUCAACCUGUCUUCCGAGGAAUAGCUUGCUCAAGUUGAAUAUAGACCAUGGAUUAACCAAUUGCUCGUUUGAAUGCUAUAACCAAUUAAAGCCAAGAAAUAUUUUGAUGUCUUCAGGCUUACUAGAAUUUUGAAUCAUUGUUUUGUAAUCUGUUAAAAAAGGCAGUCUGUUUGCCAUGAUAAAUGAAAAUACAGAUUUCAAAGAACUGAACAUACAAUUAAGUAAAUAUUAAGACAUACAUUGAACAGUA